AUGUUCCGUUUAAAGGACGCGUAUCCUGGAAGGAGCUGUAGGCAGAAAGCCUUUAUCCUGCCUCGUAAAUGCUCAAAGCGCCUAUUGGCUAGGACCUUGGCACUAGAAAGCUAUAAAAUGCACGCUCCUAGAGCGGAAUUAUUUUUAGUGCACUGCCACGUGGAUGCAGUUAACUGCACGUGCCGUCUCCCGCCGUUUUAA